CAGCACAAAUCUUAUCACUGAAUACAAUGUACAGAUUUAUGAAAUAUUAACAACAAUUAUACUGAACAUGUGGACGAAUUUGUUUUUAUUGCUGUUACCAAUUAAUAGUGUGGCAUAUGAAAAUAAUGAACUUGGGCUGCAGUAUGAGAUUCUGGAGGAAAUAAGAGAAAUGAAAAGCAACGAGAAACAUCUGGAAGAACGGGUUAUGAAGCUGGAAUAUGCGAACAAGGAAAACGUAAAGGAGAUACAACAACUGCGGAAUGAAAUAUCAACAUGCAGGAAUGCUAUGGAGGCCGGGAAAUCUCGUCGCCAGGAGUACCGCGGAAGCGUGUCGUUCACAGCGUACCUUUCACACAGCGUCACCAAUAUCGUACACAAUACACCCGUCGUCUACGACACGGUGCUGUUGAACGACGGUGCCGCCUAUGACCCACUAACAGGUGUGUUCACUGCUCCGUUAACUGGUGUGUAUCUGUUCUCUGUCUCGUCCGGCUCCAAGAACCUUCCGGGCUCCAAUCUCACGCAGUACGACGUCUUUACCAGACUCGUUGUUGACGGCGUCCAUAAGUUGUCUGCCGUAGCUGAGAGUAAGAACGUGUAUGAUGACGAACAAGGGAGCACCACGGCCAUACUUCCGAUACAAAAGGGCUCUCGCGUCUGGGUUUUCCACCAAAUCACAGGAGGUCAUAGCCUGUUUGCCGAAGACGGUGAACGAGUGACAUCAUUUGCCGGAGCUCUGCUAUAUGAGACGGAGUCAAUUGCACAUCUGAUAGGAUAAAUUGUGGCCAAGUUAAAUAAAAGUAGCAACUUGA